UAUUCUUACCAUAUGUUUCGGGUUAUGAAAUUUCCCAAACUCUAUAAUAAAAAUAUAAUAUCUAGAUGUUUCUUUACAGAUAAAAUAUAUCUUUCAGAUCAAUUGUAUGUUCAUAGAGAUGAUAAAUUUAAUAACCCAGAUACACCUUUUGAAUUUACUGAAGAAAAUAUGAAAAGAAUCAAGGCUGUAAUUAAACAAUAUCCGAAAGGGUUUGAAAGAGCAGCAUUAUUACCUUUGUUGGAUAUGGCUCAAAGACAGUUAGGAUGGUUACCAAUUUCUGCUAUGCACAAGGUUGCAGAAAUUUUAAAAGUGCCUAGAAUGAGAGUUUAUGAAGUAGCAACAUUUUAUACAAUGUAUAAUAGACAACCCAUGGGCAAAUAUCACAUUCAGUUGUGUACCACUACUCCUUGUAUGCUUGGAGGGGUAGGUAGUGAUAUUAUUUUGGAAACUAUAAAGAAAAGACUAGGCUUAAAAGAAGGUCAAACAACUACGACCGAUAACAAGUUCACCCUUUCUUGCGUGGAAUGUCUGGGCGCAUGCGUCAAUGCUCCUAUGAUGGCAAUCAAUGACGAUUACUACGAAGACCUUACCCCAGCGAAUACCAUGGAAAUUAUAGAUUCCAUAUAUAAAACCGACAAAUUGCCCAAACCGGGACCGAGAAGUAGCAGAUUUUCUUGCGAACCUAUCAACGGAUUAACGUCUUUAACUGAACCUCCUAAGGGUCCGGGUUUCGGCAUACGGCCUGAUUUAUGAUUCAAUUAAUAUUUCAACGUUUGAGAAUAAUAUACAUAAUUUAUAAAUAAUUAAAUUAUCUGCGUUUAUAUAGAAAAUAAUAUAAAAAGUUGUCAUUCUAUUAUUAAAUUUACUUAUUUUUCUAUAAAUGUGAAUAUUAAUUAUUUGUAA